GCGGUGCUCCGAACACAGGGGACGAACGUAUGUACAACCGAUCAACCAUGGCGGCAAAAUCUAGUCGUGUUGGGAAAGAGACCGAAGACAUGAUGAAAUAUCGCACUCCGCUUGUGUCCAGAUAUGCCAGUAAAGAAAUGAUGUUCAAUUUUAGUGAAAUGAAAAAGUUUACGACGUGGAGAAGAUUAUGGUUUUGGCUGGCAAAGGCAGAAAAGGAUCUUGGGUUAAAUAUAACUGAUGAACAACUCAAAGAGCUGGAGAGUAAUUUGGAAAACAUUGAUUUCGCCGAAGCGGCUGUGGAGGAGAAGCGCGUCCGCCACGACGUCAUGGCUCAUGUACACACGUUUGCAUCAUGCUGCCCUCUCGCGGCACCAGUCAUCCACCUUGGGGCAACUUCUGCUUUCGUUGGUGACAAUACGGAUCUCAUUGUGAUGCGAGAUGGUUUUAAUAUUCUGCUUCCAAAACUUGCCCGGUGUAUUCAUCGCUUGUCUGCAUUUGCAGAAGAACAAAAAUCACUUCCAUGUCUUUCAUACACACACUUACAGCCAGCCCAGUUGUCAACUGUUGGUAAGCGAGCAUCGAUCUGGAUCCAGGACUUACUGAUGGACUUGCGUAACCUCGAACGGGCUAACCACGACUUACGUUUCCGAGGAGUGAAAGGCACUACAGGCACACAAGCCAGCUUUCUCGCUCUGUUUGAUGGUGAUGUACAAAAGGUGUUUGAUCUGGAUAAGCGAGUUACAGAAAUUGCUGGAUUUUCCAGGCAGUAUUUGAUCUGUGGUCAGACAUACAGUCGUAAAGUCGAUGUAGACUGCUUAGCAACGCUGGCCAGUUUAGGUGCCACUGCCCAUAAGAUAUGUACAGAUAUUCGCUUAUUGGCCAGUUUUAAAGAGUUAGAAGAACCCUUUGAAAAAGAUCAAAUAGGCUCCAGUGCAAUGGCAUACAAGCGUAAUCCCAUGAGAAGCGAGAGAUGCUGUGCUCUUGGUCGACAUCUGAUGUGUCUGGUUCAGGAUCCUCUGAUGACCGCCUCGGUGCAGUGGAUGGAGAGAACACUCGAUGACAGUGCCAACAGGAGAAUAUGCCUUGCAGAAUCAUUUUUGACUGCUGACUGUGUGUUGGGAACAUUGCAGAACAUUUUUGAAGGACUUGUAGUAUAUCCCAAGGUAAUUGAAAGGAGGGUCAAGCAAGAAUUACCCUUCAUGGCUACAGAAAAUAUCAUCAUGGAAAUGGUUAAACUUGGUGCCAACAGGCAGGAAUGUCAUGAACACAUCCGCGUGUUGUCGCAAGAGGCGGGGAUGGUGGUGAAACAAGAGGGAGGAGACAAUGACUUAGUGCAAAGAAUCCAGUCCUCUAGUUACUUCAGUCCAGUGCACAAACAGCUGGGCAGGCUGAUGGAUCCAUCGACAUUCAUAGGGCUGGCCCCUCAACAGGUUGUUAACUUUAUACAGGAAGAAGUCAGACCAGCACUUGAGCCAUAUGCAGGACAACUGUCAGAAAAAUCAGAAGUCACUCUGUAACAUAAUCCCUCCAGAGACUUCUCUUUGUUUUUCUCCUAUAAAAUAAAAUAAAGAUCUGUGAGAAAUGUCGAAA